CAUAGAGGAAUAAGGAUGUAGGCUACAUCAGAUAUUCAAUGGAGAAAGUGAACCAAACAUUCUUUUUAUCGCAUGGAUCUCCCAUGUUGAGCAUAGAUGACACCUUGGAGGCAAGACAGUUCUUCAAGUCAUGGUCGGGAAAAGUUUUUCAACACAAACCCAAAUCUAUUUUAGUCAUCUCUGCUCACUGGGACACCGAGUUUCCAUCCGUCAAUACUGUUCUCCACAAUUCUACCAUCCAUGAUUUCAAUGGUUUCCCUGAUCCCAUGUACAAGCUGAAGUAUGAAGCACCAGGAGCUAUUGCAUUGGCGAAAAGGGUUAGAGAGUUGCUAAUGGGAGGAGGAAUGAAGCGUGUUGAUGAAGAUACAGAGAGAGGACUUGAUCAUGGAGCUUGGGUUCCUCUUAUGUUGAUGUAUCCAGAUGCAGAUAUACCGGUUUGUCAACUCUCUGUUCAAUCAUCUCAAACCGGGACUUACCAUUACAACAUGGGCAAAGCAUUGGCUCCACUGAAAGAAGAAGGUGUUCUUAUCAUUGGCUCUGGAAGUGCCACUCAUAACUUGAGGAAGCUUGACUUUAGUAUCACUAAUGGCUCAGCAGUUCCUUGGGCUUUGGAGUUUGAUCAUUGGCUCAGAGACUCUCUCCUUCAAGGAAGGUAUAAGUUAAGGUUCCGAAUCUUUUUUUUUCCGGUUAAUUUUAUAGGAAUCAUUGAUGAUUUAUGUUUUUACAUGUAUGGAGAUGUGAAUGAGUGGGAAGAGAAAGCUCCAAAUGCAAAAAUGGCACAUCCAUGGCCAGAGCAUUUCUACCCAUUACACGUUGCCAUGGGUGCAGCUGGUGAUGAUGCGAAGGCAGAGCAAAUCCACACAAGCUGGGAACUUGAGACUCUGUCUUAUUCUUCUUAUAGCUUCUCUUCUUCCCUUUGAAACGUUUCAUCUUUACCUCCUUUCACUUGCUGUGUGACUACUUUAAUGUAAGCACUGUGUAUUUCACCUAUCUCUUAUAAUCCAAAUCCUUGUAUGCAAAUACAAA